GGUCACCCCUAGCAACAAAAGACGCUUUCACAUAUACUGAAGGCAGCUGGCGCUGUGCGCGUUCCCCAGUCAUGUGUGACUGGCUGUUGUAAAAGUCACUCAACUAUCAAUUAAACCGGGCACUUUGUUUUAUGGCUGCUCACUCAGCAACCAGUGCACAGCAACAGAGUCUCACCACCAUACAGUAAGCGUAGGCCCUGUGUGUCUGUGCGUGUCCGUGGGUUGAACAGGCAGCCUCGCAGCAAGCAAGCAAGCAUGUCCCCGAAGAAGAAGACAAAAAAGACCGCAGAGAAAAGUCCAGAAAAAUGUCAAAAUGACGUGGAAGAAAAGCGUAGGCACAGUAUUCUGGAUAUAGCCAUUCUGCAGGAUCACAUAGCCUUACAGUGUGAGGCUUUAAGAAGGAUCCAGUCAGACAGAGCUGACCUGAGGAGACGUGUGAGAGACAUGGAACAGAAGCUGCAGCACGAGAGACAAGACCACAGGGACAUCUACUGGGACCUCAGUCGCCAGUACAAAACCAUGCAGACCGAACUGACCAACAAGGUGAAGAAACUGGAACAGGAAGUCAGCCAGCUGAAGGAAGACCUUGCCCUAUCACAGGAGGAACUGAGCAAAGAGAAAAGUGAGCGUAAGCACGUGGAGCAGGAGAAGGAUGCCAUCAUAGCAGACCUUCGACAAAAGCUGGACAACAUGGAGUCAGACUAUGAGAAGAUCCUUCAUGAGACUCUCGACAGCCUGAGUUCCCAGCUGUCUGCGACUCGACAGGAUUGGGAAGACGAAAGCGCAACCCUUCAUCAAAAGUACAAGGAGCUGCUCUCUGAAUUUGGCCUAAAUGCACUGGAUCUUUAAAAUACAGGAGCCUGACAUAUACAGUAAGAACAGCUGCUAUUGCUCAGUGAGAUGUGUUUGUUUAAUGCUGUAGCUACAGCACUGACUCUGUUUGAUCUGCUAGAGUGCUGUGUAUGGCUCACCUGAAACUGUAUGGAUGUUAAUAUAUAUUUUACCAGCAGAAUACAGAAUAGGAAGUAGAUCACCAUGUAGUGGCAUGUAGCGCCCACUAGAUGUAGCAAAUGACUGCUUGUGGUCAGGAAGAUGGUGGCCACUGACACUCAGUUGCUAUUAGAGCAUUACAGUGUGUAUACUGUAUUUUAUAUGAAUAUUAGUAGUACAGUAAGUAUUUUGUUGUCUAUAUAGAAGAGCGC